AUGGAGCCCUACGACUAUUACUAUCAGAAUGCGUACCCUGUUCCGGAGACGGGUCGAGAAACCUACUCGAACCUUCAGAAUAGCCCAGAAUCCUCGACCAGCCAAGAUUACGACGAUGAUGACGAACUCACCGAUCAAGAGUCGUCAUCCAGUCAAGACUACGCGCCACAAUGCAACAGUCGAGGUGCGUGUUUAGUCUGGGCCUGUAAGGCAUGCAAACGCAGAUCGGUCAGCGUCGAUAGAAGAAAAGCUGCGACUCUCCGUGAACGUCGAAGACUUCGGAAAGUCAAUGAAGCUUUCGAACUCUUGAAGCGAAGAACCUCAGCGAACCCCAAUCAGCGCCUGCCGAAAGUGGAAAUCCUCAGAAAUGCAAUCGAGUACAUCGAGAGUCUCGAGGACCUCCUGCAGCACAGCACCACGAAACACGGGACGCUUCUGGCGGCGAGCGGAACCGCGACCCUGAAUGCCAUGCAAAGAUUCAGGGAGCUCCAGGCGCAGAAAUUGCAGCAGCGACAGACCAGUCCGGAGAGUGACGGCAACGUCGAGAGGAUGCACCAUUCCCAGGCAAGAGAUAGCAGAGACUCCCAAAGACUGGCCAGGUAUCACAAAGAAAUAAUGGAGCUGUCGGCGCGACCGAGCUCCCAAUAUCAAUCUGCCCAAAACAGCCUGGAUUGCUUGAGCCGUAUCGUUCAAAAUCUGAAUCCUGCCAGUUCCGGCUCCUCGAGCGAGCUCACGAGUGCAGCCAGAAUACUCGGGAGUGCCAACAAAUUCGCUUUCGACUGA